AUGUUUACCAACUCAGCAUCUCCACUGGAUAUACUCUUGUGGGCCUUUACAGGAAUUGUAUCCAUCGUUUGUCUUUUAGGGAAUGGAUUUAUCACAGCUGUGCAGGGACAACAAUGGCUUCAAAACAAAAAGAUAUUGACUUGUGAAUUCCUCUUGAUAAGUUUGAGCACAUCCAGAUUUGUGAUGCAGCUGCUAUACUCAGUGAACGCCCUUCUGUACUUCAUCUCCCCAGAAACACAUGUGGAGUCUUCCAGACAGGCAGCAAUCAAUAUUAUCAGUCUGUUUUUCAACAUGGCCAGCCUCUGGUCUGCCACAUGGCUAAGUGUUUUCUAUUGUGUGAAGAUCACUAACUUUGCCAAUCGUGUCCUCCUCUGGCUGAAGCCAAGAAUCAAUAUGCUUGCACCCAGACUGCUUGGAAUGUCAAUAGUCAUUUCCAGUAUCUCCUUUCUUCUUCCACUGGUUGAAUAUUUUGGGCACAAAAAGUGUGGAAAUCUAUCAGAAACUCUGCCAGGAAGUGACAUCCACAGUGGGUUUUAUCACAAAAUAUUCUUUAUUUUUCUUCCUCUGAUGUUUGCUUAUACUUGUAUAAAUUGCACCAUAAGCAUAGCUGCAUCCAUUCUUUUAGUUAACUCCCUUUGGAAGCACAUAAAGAAUUUGAAGAAGAGUGGUGCUGGAGUUACAGACCUCAGCACUCAGGUCCAUAUCAAAGUCAUAAUAUUCUUGUUGUUUUAUGUCUUCCUCUUCUUUCUAUAUUUCAGCAUCAUUAUAACAUUUGCAGUAAAUGGUAUCACGUUUAGAAACACUGAGAUACUAGCUCUGAAAACCAUGACAACCACAUUUCCUUCUGCACACUCCAUCAUAUUAAUAUUGACCAAUCCAAAACUGAAAGAAAUGGCUGCUUGCAUUCUGAAUAUCAGACAAAGAACUUCAUAA